AUGAGCAUCGACGCUGGCGGUGUUGCUCAAAUGACUUACCAGUCUCCCUUCAACAACUCUAUUGGCGUUUCCGGCCCUGGUUUUGCUUCUCGAGGGAAAGGUUCCCAUAUCAAACGUCUCAGCGUCGCGCCCCCAUCCAAGAUCUCGACCAUCGACGAAACCCAGCAGGCCAAUACUAUUUCCACUCCCCGCACUAGCCGGGGUCAUCUUUUGGCAGGUCUGCGCACAGCUCCUAAAUCUGCCACGGUCCCCCCUGCCACCCGUGCCAUAGGUCUGGAAAGCAGCAAGUACGCCCCUGCGUCGUACGGCAACCAUGUUCCGCAGACAGCAACUGGUUUGUACUUUCCCGGAGGCAGGAACACUUUGCAGAGCAACUUGCAACAACCUUACUCGCUUCCUGAGCAUGUGCUUGCCCCUCCAUCUCUUGACUUCGUUGACGGAGCAGAGAAUAUGGAUCAAAACUUGUACGAUGAACUGGUAGCCACCAAUAAUUACCUUGCCCAACAGCAGCGAGCUCUUCAACAGCAGUUGUUAAAUGUCACGGCUGCGGCGCAUCAGCUAUCUGGACUCAACCUGAACACCGGUUUCAUGAACAACCUCGGCCAACAGCAGUAUCAGUCUCCCAUCAGCUCCCCAAUGGGUCUGUACAAUCAACAAUUCCAGCAGGGCUUGCAACCCGUGGUCCACCCAGUGCCUGGUAGCCCUGGCGUCUUCACUGUCUACAAUCCCAUGACGGGCCAGUCAAGUUAUCUCGUCGACAAUUCCUAUCAGCAGCAGCAGCAGCAGCAGAAAGAAGUCUCCCCCAUCCGUCAGAACAGUUCUGUUUCCCCGCCUCCUGUCACGCCAGCCUACCAGCGCCAGAUGCCUGAGUCAUCUGUUCCUGUGACCGAAGCCCGUUCAAAGACGCCUCCCAAGUCCACUCCAUCGCCUCCGCAGGAAGUCGAGCCUCUCCCACCUCCAUCCGCCAACGCGUUCCGACGAGGUCAUCGAAAGAACCUAUCGUCUGCCAACAUCAAGACUGCCGGCGACUGGACAAAGGGUUCUGGAGCGAGAUCUGCCGGAUUUCCGCAAACUCCAAUGACCGCCACUUUUGGACCUGGACACGGGAGAGUGGGAGAACACCCUGUCAGACAACCCAAGGGCCCACCUCUUCUGCAAGAGCUUCAGGAGAAGCCUACCUCCAAACAUGAGGGGAGCAAGAACUUUGCUACCCGACAGCGUCGUAGAGCUGUCCAUGACCUUGUGCGUGCGGGCCGUGAGCGUCGCAGCGAUGGCGGUCGACAACCCGGUUCGGGGGCUGGAACACCUGGCAGCGAAAACGAGUUCAACUUCUCGGUGUCAUCUGAUGACUCUGUUCUUGCUGGUAGUAGCAGCCUCUCGAGCAAGCCAAGCCUUGGUAGUCUCCGGGCUGUUGCCAGCGGGGCCAUUGGGUCUGAGAUCAAGGAGAAGUCUCGAGAGCGGUCUUCUGUUGACAGCGUUGGAGCGAUCAGUGCUAAGAGCUUGAGUAGCGAUGAGGGCAAUUCUGUUGGAGGAUCUAUUGUCGAGGUUGAGCCGGCCAGACGCAACACGCCACUGAUGGUUCUCAGUAGCGCUGAGAAACGAAAGAGCGUCGUCAUGUGA